AUGGCCUUCUGGACACAGCUGAUGCUGCUGCUUUGGAAGAAUUUCGUGUAUCGCAAGAGACAGCCGAUCCAGCUCCUGGUGGAGUUGUUGUGGCCUCUCUUUCUCUUCUUAAUCCUGGUGGCCGUCCGCUCUUCCCACCCCCCAUUGGAGCAGCAUGAAUGCCACUUCCCCAGCAAGCCGCUGCCCUCUGCAGGCGCCGUGCCCUGGCUCCAGGGUCUCAUCUGCAACCUGAACAACACCUGCUUCCCGCGGCACAUGCCCAGUGAGGAGCCAGGUGUCCUCAACAACUUUAAUGACUCCCUGGUCUCCCGGCUCCUGGCAGAUGUCCGUGCUAUCCUGGGGAGCCCCAGGGCCCACAGGAUGCUGGCCAGCCUGGGGAAGCUGAUGCCCAAGUUAAGGACUGCACUAGGAGCAAGUGGGAGGCCAGGGUCUUCUGUCUGGCCUCAGUCAAGUGAUCAGCUGCAGGAGACACCAUCCCUGGCUACUGAGCUGCUGGGAACACUGCUGCUGCGAGGGGAGUCCCUGAGGUCUCUGCUGGACCAAGCCCAAGAGUCCGUGGGCAGCUUUGUGGAAGCAGCAGCGGACCUGGCCCAGCAAAUCCUGGUGCUGCCCAGCCUGGCAGAGCUUCAGGCACUAUUGCGGAGACCUCGGCCGACAGGCGGCCCCCUGGAAGCAGCGUUAGAAGCCCUCUGUGGUGACAAGGGGCCUAGAGUCCCCAGGGAGCCCUCCCUCGACAGGUAUGAGGCCGGUGAUCUGAAGGAGUUGGUGAUGCAGGAGCCAGCCCUACCCGACCACGGCCUGAGCCCUGCCUGUGCCGAGCUGAUGGGGAUCCUGGACAUGCACCCACUGUCCCACCUGCUCUGGAGGCGCCUGAAGCCACUGGUCCUGGGGAAACUGCUGUUCGCACCUGACACACCCUUCACUCGGCAGCUCAUGGCACAGGUGAACCGGACCUUCCAGGAGCUGACUCUGUUGAAGGAUGUCCAGGAGGUGUGGGGGGUGCUGGGACCCCAGCUCUUCAACUUCAUGAAUGACAGUGCAAAUAUAGCCAUACUGCAGAGGCUCCUGCAAAUUCAGAACAAAGGAAAGAGGCAGCCAGGACCCAGAGGCCUGCACCAGAUGGAGGCUCUUCAAGCCUUUCUGGAUCCCUAUAGCGGUGGCUAUAGCUGGCAGGAAGCUUAUGCAGAUGUGGAUCAUCUGGUGGGCAUACUGGGCCGUGCUAUGGAGUGCGUGACCCUGGACAAGCUGGAGGCAGCACCCUCGGAGGCGGCCCUGGUAGAGCGGGCUCUGGGGCUGCUUGCCGAGCACCGCUUCUGGGCAGGUGUUGUCUUCCUGGGCCCCAAGGAUUCCCCGGACGUGGGCCCCAAGGAUUCCCCAGACAAAGAGCAGCUCCCCGGCCCAGGCCACAUACGCAUCAAGAUCCGCAUGGACAUUGACAAUGUCGUCAAAACCAAUAAGAUCAGGGACAGCUUUUGGGACCCUGGCCCGGCCGCUGACCCCCUGACAGACCUGCGCUAUGUGUGGGGUGGCUUCGUGUACCUGCAGGACCUGCUGGAGCAUGCAGCAGUGCGUGUGCUCAGUGGCAGUGCACCCCGUGCCAGCCUCUACCUGCAGCAGAUGCCCUACCCGUGCUAUGUGGACGAUGGGUUCCUGCGAGUGCUGAGCCGGUCGCUGCCACUCUUCCUGACGCUGGCCUGGAUCUACUCAGUGUCACUGACAGUGAAGGCCCUGGUGCGGGAGAAGGAGACGCGGCUGCGCUAUACCAUGCACGCUAUGGGACUCAGUGGUGCUGUGCUGUGGCUGGGCUGGUUCCUCAGCUGCCUUGGGCCCUUCCUUCUCAGCACUGCGCUGCUCGUGAUGGUGCUCAAGCUCGGGGACAUCCUCCCCUACAGCCACCCCGUCGUACUCUUCUUGUUCUUGGCGGCCUUCGCUGUGGCCACGGUGGUCCAGAGCUUCUUGCUGAGCGUCUUCUUCUCCCACGCCAACCUGGCAGCCGCCUGCGGGGGCCUCAUGUACUUCGUGCUCUACCUGCCCUAUGUGCUGUGCGUGGCCUGGAGGGACCAGCUGCCCGCGGGCGGCCGCGUGGCCAUGAGCAUUCUGUCACCCGUGGCCUUUGGCUUUGGCUGUGAGAGCCUGGCGCUGCUGGAGGAGCAAGGCGAGGGCGCACAGUGGCACAACAUGGGCACUGGGCCUGCGGCUGACGUCUUCAGCCUGGCCCAGGUCUCGGGCCUUCUGCUGCUGGAUGCCGUGCUCUAUGGUCUCGCCACUUGGUACCUGGAGACGGUGUGCCCAGGCCAGUAUGGGAUCCCUGAACCAUGGAACUUUCCCUUUCGGAGGAGCUACUGGUUUGGACCUAGACCCCUCAAGAGUUCUGACCUGCCCCCAACCUGGCAGAACCCACAGGAGCUGGUAGAAGAGGCUCCGUCUGGCCUGAUUCCAGGGGUCUCCAUUCGGGGCCUGGAAAAGCGCUUUCCUGGCAACCCAACGCCGGCCCUCUGCGGGCUCAGCCUGGACUUCUACCAGAGCCACAUCACCGCCUUCCUGGGCCACAACGGAGCUGGCAAGACAACCACGCUGUCCAUCCUGAGUGGCCUCUUCCCACCCACUCGUGGCUCCGCCUAUGUCCUGGGCCAUAACGUUCAGACCAGCAUGGCAGCCAUCCGGCCCCACCUGGGCGUCUGCCCUCAGUACAAUGUGCUGUUUGACCUGCUGACUGUGGACGAGCACAUCUGGUUCUACGGUCGGCUGAAGGGUCUGCGUGCGGCCGCCGUGGGCCCAGAGCAGGACCACCUGCUGCAGGACGUAGGGCUUGUCCCCAAGCGGCACGCACAGACACGCCACCUCUCGGGAGGGAUGCAACGAAAGCUCUCCGUGGCCAUUGCUUUUGUGGGUGGCUCCCAAGUCGUUAUCCUGGACGAGCCUACAGCUGGUGUGGACCCUGCUUCCCGUCGCAGCAUUUGGGAGCUGCUGCUGAAAUACCGGGAAGGUCGCACACUGAUCCUUUCUACCCACCACCUGGAUGAGGCGGAGCUAUUGGGAGACCGGAUAGCAGUGGUGGCCGGUGGCCGCUUACGCUGCUGUGGCUCCCCACUCUUCCUGCGCCGUCGCUUGGGAUCUGGCUACUACCUGAGGCUGGCAAAGUGUCCCCAGCCCCUGGCCACCAGCACAAAGGGUGACACUGACUUGAAGGACAGCGUGGAUGCCAGGCCGGAGAGGGAACUGGGCAGCCGUGGCAGCAGGGCUGGUACACCCCACCUGCUGGCAGUGGUGCAGCACCAGGUGCCCGGGGCACAGGUGGUCGAGGACCUGUCACAUGAGCUGGUGUUGGUGCUGCCCUAUGGGGGUGCCCUGGAUGGCAGCUUCGCCAAACUCUUCCAUGAGCUGGACCAGCGGCUGGGCGAGCUGGGGCUGGCUGGCUAUGGGAUCUCGGACACCAGCCUCGAGGAGAUCUUCCUGAAGGUGGUAGAAGACUGUGCUGUGGAUACACACCCAGAGGGUGCGGCUGCAGAUGGUCGCCACAGACAACACCCCUGUGUAGGCAUUACUCAGCCAAAGGUGACCCAGGGGCUCAGGAUUCUGCCAGAGGAGUCAGCCCUGGAGGACAGGGACCUGGCUGGCUCUGCCCCAGAGACACAGGCCCUGCAGGUCUCUGGGCCAGACAUCGUGGACCGGGUACAGGGCUGGACACUGACCCGCCAGCAGCUCCGAGCCCUGCUUCUCAAGCGCUUUCUGCUUUCCUACCGUAGCCGCCGUGGUCUGUUCUCACAGAUCCUGCUGCCUGCCCUGUUUGUGGCCCUGGCUUUGAUGUUCAGCCUCAUCAUGCCGCCUUUCCAGUACUACCCAGCUCUGCAGCUCAGUCCCAGCAUGUACGGUGCCCAGGUAUCCUUCUUCAGUGAGGAUGCUCCAGGGGACUCCGCGGGUGCCCGCCUGCUGGAGGCACUGCUGGAGGAGGCAGGACUGGAGAACCCGUACUUGCAUAACAGCUCCCACGGGCCCCCCAAGUGUCUGCAGCCCGCCGUCUGCUGGUUCUCAGUGCCCAAGGUUCCCACAGAAGUGGCGGAGGUCUUGGCCAGUGGCAACUGGACCCCGGAGUUUCCAUCCCCUGCCUGCCAGUGCAGCCAGCCUGGCACCCGCCGCCUGCUUCCCGACUGCCCGGCUGCAGCCGGUGGCCCCCCCCCACCCCAGGCGCUGACUGGCUCGGGCGAAAUUGUGCAGAACCUGACGGGCCGGAACCUGUCGGACUUUCUGGUCAAGACCUACCCACGCCUAGUGCACCAGGGGCUGAAGACGAAGAAGUGGGUGGAUGAGGUCAGGUAUGGGGGCUUCUCUUUGGGGGCCCCAGAUGUGGGCCUACCCUCAGGGCAUGAGGUGGGGCGCUCACUGGAGGAGCUGCGUGCGCUGCUGAGCCCCCAACCUGGUGGGGCCCUCGACCGCAUCCUGAACAACCUCAUAGCAUGGGCCCAUGGCCUGGAUGCUCAGGACAGCCUCAAGAUCUGGUUCAACAACAAGGGCUGGCAUGCCAUGGUGGCCUUUGUCAACCGAGCCAACAAUGCAGUCCUACAUGCCCGCCUGCCACCAGGCCCCACCCGCCAUGCUCACAGUAUCACCACACUCAACCACCCCCUGAACCUCACUAAGGAGCAGCUAUCUAAGGCCACCCUGAUGGCCUCCUCAGUGGACGUGCUUGUCUCCAUCUGCGUGGUCUUCGCCAUGUCCUUCAUCCCGGCCAGCUUCAUCCUUGUCCUCAUUGAGGAGCGUGUCACCCGAGCCAAACACCUGCAGUUCAUGGGGGGCCUGUCCCCCACUCUUUACUGGCUUGGCAACUUUCUCUGGGACAUGUGUAACUACUUGGUGCCAGCAUGCAUCGUGGUGCUCAUAUUUCUGGCCUUUCAGCGGAGGGCAUAUGUGGCCCCUGCCAACCUGCCUGCCCUCCUGUUGUUGCUACUACUAUAUGGCUGGUCGAUCACACCACUCAUGUACCCAGCCUCCUUCUUCUUCUCCGUGCCCAGCACGGCCUACGUGGUGCUCACCUGCAUCAACCUAUUUAUUGGCAUCAAUGGCAGCAUGGCCACCUUUGUGCUUGAGCUCUUCUCUGAUCAGAAACUGCAGAAAGUGAGCCGGAUCCUGAAACAGGUUUUCCUUAUCUUCCCCCACUUCUGCUUGGGUAGGGGGCUCAUCGAUAUGGUGAGGAAUCAGGCCAUGGCUGAUGCCUUUGAGCGCUUAGGAGACAGGCGAUUCCAGUCACCCCUGCACUGGGAGGUGGUUGGCAAGAACCUCUUGGCCAUGGUGAUACAGGGGCCCCUCUUCCUCCUCUUUACACUUUUGCUGCAGCACCGCACCCGCCUCCUGCCACGACCCAAGCUGAGACCACUGCUUCCCCUGGGAAAGGAGGAUGAGGAUGUGGCUCAUGAGCGGCAGCGGGUGGUUGAAGGGGCCACCCAGGGGGACAUGUUGGUGCUGCGGGACCUAACCAAGGUGUAUCCCUGGCAGAAGAUACCGGCUGUCGACCGUCUAUGCUUGGGGAUCCCCCCUGGUGAGUGUUUUGGGCUGCUGGGCGUGAACGGAGCAGGAAAGACAUCCACAUUCCGCAUGGUGACUGGGGACACACUGCCCAGCAGCGGCGAGGUCCUGCUGGCAGGCCACAGCGUGACUCAGGAACCAGCCGCAGCGCUCUGUCGCACGGGCUACUGUCCUCAGUCGGAUGCCAUCUUUGAGCUGCUGACAGGCCGGGAGCACCUGGAGCUGUUUGCACGCCUGCGUGGUGUCCCCGAGGCCAAGAUUGUCCAGACAGUAAGCUCGAGCCUGGCAAACCUGGGGCUCCAGCAUUAUGCCGACCAGCCCGUGGGUACCUACAGCGGCGGCUACAAGCGGAAACUGGCAACAGCUGUGGCACUGGUGGGAGAUCCGACAAUGAUCUUUCUGGAUGAGCCAACCACCGGCAUGGACCCCAGUGCAAGGCGCUUCCUCUGGAACAGCCUCCUGGCCAUGGUGCGGAAGGGCCGCUCCGUGGUGCUCACCUCGCACAGCAUGGAGGAGUGUGAGGCACUCUGUACGCGCCUGGCCAUCAUGGUGAAUGGGCGGUUCCACUGCCUGGGGAGCCCGCAGCACCUCAAGGGCAGAUUCGGUACUGGCCACAUGCUGACCCUGCGCGUGCCCGUGGGGAAGUCUGAGCCGGUGGCGGCCUUCGUGGCAGCUGCGUUUCCAGGGGUUGAGCUGCGGGAGGCCCACGGAAGUCGCCUGCGCUUCCAGCUGCCACCGGGAGGGCCCUGCACCCUAGCGCGUGUCUUUGAAGAGCUGGCUGCACAUGGGGCAGAGCACGGCGUGGAGGACUUCUCAGUGAGCCAGACCACCUUGGAGGAGGUGUUCCUGUACUUCUCUGAGAACCAGGGGAAGGAGGAGCCCGAGGAGGAUCACCAGGAAGCAGGACUGGGGGUGGAGCCUGGGUUAGGCCCCCAGGCCCCCAAACGCAUCACCCAGUUCCUGGAUGACCCCAGCAUGACGGAGACAGUGCUAUGAGCCUCCCUCCUCUGUGGGCUGGAGGGAGGCCCUGGGAGUGACAGAGGCGGGACAGAGGGCCUGGAGCUGGCUCCCAGAGGGCCUGUCCCCCCGGAGGAAAUAAAAAGAAGCUAUCCUGUGAAA